AUGUGGGAGAAACGGAAGAAGAACAAAAGAUCAAGGAGACGCAAAGGCUCCGGAGCCCGAAUAAAAGACUCUACAUGCGCCAGACUAUCGAAUUGCGAAGAAGGACCGCAGCCUGUAGAGACCUCGGUGUACCUCUCAGCUGCUUCGGAGACUCACGGAGCCGCUCCGGAGAUGAUCGACGAGCGCACAGACCUUGGCCACCCGGCUGCGGAUAGGGCUCCCGCCCCAGAAAAAUCUGGGAACGGCGGUCUUUUCGUUCCUCUCGAUGUGCCAAAAUCGAUCGAUGGCUCGAGUCCGAACCGUAGAAUACAACAGCGGGAAGGUAGGUCACCGGAUUACAGGCGCGAGGCCAACCGCAAACUGCAAGAGCAUCGGAGAUUCCAGAAUCAACUUCCGGUUUCCCAACGUCCAUCGAAGAAGCUCCGAGACGAAUGCAGUAUGGGCUCUCCUCCGCCCGGGGAUGUCUUCGACAUGGACUCCUUGAACACAACAGCUGACUCGAUUUCACCAGACAGCAGUUUUGCUCAAGAUCUCACCUAUGACAUCGUCGUCGAUGAGGAGCCGAGACGACGAACCGACAAAAAGUUCACCUUCGGUCUCAAUUUCGCAGAGAGUGCCCUCAAGCCAAAAGCCGCGACCCGAGUCAGAAAAGUGUCGGAGGAAUCUCGCUCUCUCGUCUCCGAAGAAGAAUCUGAUCCUCAUAGCAACCCCGGUAGUUCCGCGCUACAACUCUCUGUCUGCAUUUCGAGUGGCUCUUUCGAAGCGUUAGCCCCUUGCUCGAUCGAUGUCGAAGACUUGAUAAAAUGUCCAGACUCAUCAAUGGAUAUCGUGAGCUUCUCAUACAUUCCCGGAAGUCACAAAAUUCUCACAUCAUCUGGAAAUAUGUCGCAUGAGCAGGAAGCUCUUCGUGUCGUCGUUUCGAGUAGAGUGGAGACUCCCGUCGGGAACCACAGCUCCUAUAUUCGAUCACCGCGACUGGAGACCUGGGGUCGGAAACCUGCGGCGAUUGUGUCUCCGAUGAAGACUCCUGCACUAUCGAAAGCACCGCCGAGUCAAGUAGUGCACGGCCUACGUUCCGCGCUCUCCACCUACGAAAGAGUUGUCCAGAUCCUCAAGAAGAAGCUGGAUGAAUUCAGCAAGAAUAACACCUCGUCGACCGAAGCCUUGGCGACCGAGCUCGUCGCGGAGAAGAACGAUAAUCAGAAGUUAGAGAAUACGGUAAACACCCUGGAGCAGGCUGUCCAAUCGACGAUGCUCAGAAUGGGAGAAGUACGCAGCGCUAAUUCCGAGCUCCGUGAGGUGGUUCAGAGUCAGCUAGACACCUUGACGCAGUACAAGUCUCAGAUAGAAGAUCUCCAGUUCGAAAAAGAUCAAAUGAGAGCGAGUCACGAGAAAUACGUCGAACAAUGUGAUGAGCGGCUCCGUCGCGAAAAACACGCAUCUGAAAAGCAGGCAGCUCUGAUGAGGGCCCAGAUGGAGAUGAAGAACAUGGAGUUGGAUCGAUUGCAACACGAGGCGAAGAUAAUGAAAGAUCAACUCGCGGCUUUCCAGAAGGUUAUCAACGACCUCCAGCAGUACUGA